UUACACGGAAAAGUUUCAUCAAGCAGCCGUUUCCGGUUCCGAGAUCGUCGCCAAAGCAGUUUAAAGAGAUUUCCUUCACCUUUCUCCGUCCCUUUCAAUUUUUUUAAACCGGAUGUGACGCAUUAAAGGACCCGACGGAAAUAGAACUAAACGCAUUCUAAAAUGGCGAACCGUACAGUAAAGGAUGCGCAUAGCAUCCAUGGAACCAACCCUCAAUAUUUAGUGGAGAAGAUCAUUCGGACACGAAUCUAUGAAUCUAAGUACUGGAAAGAAGAGUGUUUUGGACUUACCGCUGAACUUGUAGUAGAUAAAGCCAUGGAGUUACGGUUUGUGGGUGGCGUCUAUGGAGGAAACAUAAAACCAACUCCCUUUUUGUGUUUAACCUUGAAGAUGCUUCAGAUUCAACCUGAAAAGGAUAUCAUUGUAGAAUUUAUAAAAAAUGAAGACUUCAAGUAUGUCCGCAUGUUGGGGGCACUUUACAUGAGACUGACAGGUACUGCAAUUGAUUGCUACAAGUACUUGGAGCCUUUGUACAAUGACUAUCGAAAAAUCAAGAGCCAGAACAGAAAUGGGGAGUUUGAACUGAUGCAUGUUGAUGAAUUUAUUGAUGAAUUGUUGCACAGUGAGAGAGUCUGUGAUAUCAUUUUGCCCCGGCUACAGAAACGCUAUGUGCUAGAGGAAGCUGAGCAACUGGAACCUCGAGUUAGUGCUCUAGAAGAGGACAUGGAUGAUGUGGAGUCCAGUGAGGAGGAGGAAGAAGAAGAUGAGAAGUUGGAAAGAGUACCAUCACCUGACCACCGCCGCAGAAGCUACAGAGACUUGGACAAGCCCCGUCGCUCUCCAACGUUGCGCUAUAGGAGGAGUAGGAGUCGGUCUCCCAGAAGGCGGAGUCGAUCUCCCAAAAGACGAAGUCUUUUCAACAGCCCCUCACCCCGCCGAGAAAGGCAUCGGAGCAAGAGUCCAAGACGUCACCGGAGCAGGUCCCGCGAUCGACGACACAGAUCUCGCUCCAAGUCUCCAGGUCACCACCGAAGUCACAGACAUAGGAGCCAUUCAAAAUCUCCUGAAAGGUCUAAGAAAAGCCACAAGAAGAGCCGGAGAGGGAAUGAGUAGUGAACUCAGCUUUUGAUUAUGAGGGUGUCUACUCAUGUGGAAGAAUUAAGAUCUGUUUUCCAGGCAGCUUUAAGAGCAAUUUAGUUUUUUCUUAUCAAGUUUUUCUACCUUUUUUUUUUUUUCCUCUGGUAUGAAAAAGGUGCUGAGUUUUGCCUCCUUUUUUGAACUGUAAUCAAUAUCUUUGAGGGAUGAUGUUUCUUCAUGUCAGUUUUUGACCCAACUAAUAACUAUAACUGUAUUCAAACUUAUGAGGCUAGGAAAGGAUCUGGGGGUUGGGAAUAUGAAUGAGAAAGGAUCUGGCCACCUGAUGAGCGACCCUUUUCUUUUUUGUUAUUAAACCCGACAUAGACAUUUGCCCUUUUUUUGUUGUUGUUUAGUUUUUGGUUUGCUUGGUGGUUAGAACUGCUUUGAGAGUCCUGGGAUAUAUACCUUUCCUUCUUUAAUAAAGGAAAAAUGAUUGAAGGGCAGGGAAUGAGGAUAAAUCAGUAAAAAUAUAGUAACUUUUCUCCCAGCAGUAGAAAGUGGUAGUAAACCUGAAAAUUGACUGGUGAGCCGCACUUUUGCAGGAUUAGAAUGCAUUCAGACAAUACUUUAUCUGGAUCAUUCAAGCCAGUUUCAUCAAACAGUUCAACAGUAGCACUUGACACCCUUUAUACAGCACAUUCCUGUAUAGUACCACUUUGUUGUUCCCCAUAAGCCUUGAAUUCCAGGUUCAGAUCCUUAGCCUUUAUUCUGCAAGUACUAUUCAGUAGCAGUAGGUCUAAAAAAUUGGAAAAGAUCUGAUGGAGAGCAAAGUAGUAACAAUCAUGGUUUUGACCCAAGUUGCUCAACAGUCGUACAAUUAAAAAGUCAAGGGGCUAGGGUUGUGGCUCAAUGGUAGUGUGCUUGCCUGGCAUGUGUGAGGCAUUGGGCUCAAUUCUCAGCACCACAUACAAAUAAAUAAAAUAAAAACUAAAAAGUAUUUUUAAAAGAAAGUACAGUAGGAAGACAGCUUUUUAGAAGGGUAGAGAAUGAGGAUAAAUCAAGGUGAUAAUGAAAAUGACGCAUUCAAAUUAACAAGUUUAAUUUGAGGCAGUUAUGGUGUGCAGUGUAACUACAUAAAUUCCAGAUGGUUUAAAAAUAGGGAUACAGUUCAGCAUAGUGAUCUAGUCUACAACUGAUGUUUAUGUAAUUGCAGAAGAUGUAGAUGAGAUUGAUUGCCCAGGGUGUGCAUCUGUAGGUAAAAGAUGAACAAACAACAGCACCAUAGGCAACACCAACAUUAUUGACAAAGAAUUACAAGUCACCUAUAUAAAACAAGUGAAUUAUUCACAAAGAAGAAUUAGAAGAGAGUAAGUCAAAAAAGCUAAGAGUCUAAGGACACAGAAACAAAGUAAGGACUUCUAAAUGUCCCCAUUGGCCCUGAUGGUCAACAGAGUAUUAGAAUCUCUGCUACAGAAGUUUAGAGGUUGGGGUUAUAGCUCAAUGGCAGAGCACUUGCCCCUCAUGUGUGAGACACUGGAUUUGAUCCUCAGCACCAUAUAAAAAUGUAUAUGCAUCUACAACUAAAAAACAAAAGUUCUUUUUACCUGUACUUACCUGUCCUUAUUUAAUAAAGGAAAAAUGAUUAAAUGACUUCCUACAGUUCUAGUACCAGGAGGAAUUUUGAAGACCAGCUUGCCUUAUAGGAACCAGCUUCCUGGAAAGUCAUCUAGUCAUAGGAUAAACAUUUCUGUUGCUCACUAUUGAUCUGAAGGACUUAUACAGCAAUAUUAAAGCAUCUUUUGAUCUACUUGAGCUUUCAUAUUCUUAAGUGAUUCCUUUCAUGACAACACCUGAAUGAAAGUUGUCCCCGAGAGCUGUUAUGCCUUAUGAUACAACUACAAGCACCUCUACUUGAGGCUAUUACAGACUCCUAGCAGUUAUUUCUGUACUAAGGUAACGUAGGUGAAAAGGAAAGGCCCAUGGACCAACCGAGUCAUUAUGAGUAUAUUAUUAAAUAAAAAUUUAAUACUAGCCAUAAAGGUUGAGGCCAGGAGUAUCAUCCCUGGUCAACUUAGACCCUGUCCCAAUAUAAUUUUUUAAGAAGGCUAAUAUACACACCCACAUAUUUUACUGGGGACACUCGUGUUUUUAUACUAAAGUAAAACCCUCAUACAAAUUUUUAAUAACAGAAACAAAAACCUCACCAAAUGUAAAUGUUAAACGCACAGUUAUUUAGAUAUAUGAUGACUUUGGACCAAAAUUGGGGCAGCAUGACAACUUUAUAGCACAGAGCAAGGCAUCACUAUUCUUUAAUAAGAAAAAAAGAGAUGUGAGCUGGAUAUGUUGAACAUAUCUUUCAAGAUCAUUUUGAUAAAUCAGAAUUGUAGUGUUGAAAUUUUUUUGCUACAAUCUAUAUUAAAUGUAUUUCACAACUUACCUUUUGUACAUAURUAUACUUUGUACUGAAACAAAUUUUAGGAAAGAAUUCUUACUCCUUACGCAAAAUGCAUGUUCAGCAUCACUUUCUACAAUUUGAAAUAGUGUCUUAAAUACUAAUGGGCACAAGGACUUCUUAAUGCUAAGAAAUGAAGCAAGAUGGGUUCCCAGGGACAAAGGAAAUAAUGGCUGGUGAGAAGGUUUCAAUUUAACAACCCAACUUCAAGCCCAUUCCACUAAUCUUUCCUGUUAUUCAGUAAAUAUGCAUUGAUCAAGAAAGAAUGAUCACAGAUGGCUGUCACUCCCUCAAGAAGGUUAAAAGUAAAAUUUCCACACACAAUGUAUACACUGAAAUCAUAGUAACUCUGGAGGCUGAGGCAAGAGGAUCCCACGUUGGAGGCCAG